AUGGAGGACACAGGAGUAGGUUCCACUUCUCAAUCAGCACAUCCUACUACAGUACUGGUAGCAGGACACACGGACACAGGAGUACGUUCCACUUCUCAAUCAGCACAUCCUACUACAGUACUGGUAGCAGGACACACGGACACACGAGUACGUUCCACUUCUCAAUCAGCACAUCCUACUACAGUACUGGUAGCAGGACACAGGAGUACGUUCCACUUCUCAAUCAGCACAUCCUACUACAGUACUGGUAGCAGGACACACGGACACAGGAGUAGGUUCCACUUCUCAAUAGCACAUCCUACUACAGUACUGGUAGCAGGACACACGGACACAGGAGUACGUUCCACUUCUCAAUCAGCACAUCCUACUACAGUACUGGUAGCAGGACACACGGACACAGGAGUACGUUCCACUUCUCAAUCAGCACAUCCUACUACAGUACUGGUAGCAGGACACACGAACACAGGAGUAGGUUCCACUUCUCAAUCAGCCCAUCCUACUACAGUACUGGUAGCAGGACACAGGAGUACGUUCCACUUCUCAAUCAGCACAUCCUACUACAGUACUGGUAGCAGGACACACGGACACAGGAGUAGGUUCCACUUCUCAAUCAGCACCUCCAACUACAGUACUGGUAGCAGGACACACGGACACAGGAGUAGGUUCCACUUCUCAAUCAGCACAUCCUACUACAGUACUGGUAGCAGGACACACGGACACAGGAGUAGGUUCCACUUCUCAAUCAGCACAUCCUACUACAGUACUGGUAGCAGGACACACGGACACAGGAGUACGUUCCACUUCUCAAUCAGCACAUCCUACUACAGUACUGGUAGCAGGACACACGGACACAGGAGUAGGUUCCACUUCUCAAUAGCACAUCCUACUACAGUACUGGUAGCAGGACACACAAACACAGGAGUAGGUUCCACUUCUCAAUCAGCACAUCCUACUACAAUACUGGUAGCAGGACACAGGAGUACGUUCCACUUCUCAAUCAGCACAUCCUACUACAGUACUGGUAGCAGGACACAGGAGUACGUUCCACUUCUCAAUCAGCACAUCCUACUACAGUACUGGUAGCAGGACACACGGACACAGGAGUACGUUCCACUUCUCAAUCAGCACAUCCUACUACAGUACUGGUAGCAGGACACACGGACACAGGAGUACGUUCCACUUCUCAAUCAGCACAUCCUACUACAGUACUGGUAGCAGGACACACGGACACAGGAGUACGUUCCACUUCUCAAUCAGCACAUCCUACGACAGUACUGGUAGCAGGACACACGGACACAGGAGUACGUUCCACUUCUCAAUCAGCACAUCCUACUACAGUACUGGUAGCAGGACACACGGACACAGGAGUACGUUCCACUUCUCAAUCAGCACAUCCUACUACAGUACUGGUAGCAGGACACACGGACACAGGAGUACGUUCCACUUCUCAAUCAGCACAUCCUACUACAGUACUGGUAGCAGGACACACGGACACAGGUGCUACUACGACAUCAGAUCAGUGCCCACUGUAGCAAAAC